AUGGUUACCCCCAGGCCCAGUCAUGUAUGGAUAGAGACAGGGCAAUAUGUGUUCCACUAUAUCAUCGAGAAUGACGUAUGUCACUUGGUGUUGUGUGAACGAGGCUUCAGUAAAAAGACUGCAUUCACCUUCCUGGAAGAAAUGUCAUCAGAAUUCAUGUCACAGCAUGGCCACAAGGUCUCCCAGGCCACUCGGCCUUACUCCUGUAUUGAGUUUGACACAUACAUACAGAAGUUACGCCGACAAUAUAGUGACCAGCGGGGCAGGCGACACCUUCACCAGCUGCGAGAAGACCUGAAUGAUGUUCAGCGGAUAAUGAUGGAGAACAUUGAUGACGUGCUACAGCGGGGAACAGCUCUUUCAGACCUUGAAAACAAAGCCACGGGACUCUCCAGCCUGUCAAAAAGCUACCACAAGGAUGCACAAUACUUGAAUAUGAGAUCCACUUUUGCUAAGAUUGCUGCAGGAGGUGUGUUAACUCUAGUGAUCCUGCUCUAUUUCUUUGUCUUCUGAAGAGAAAAGACCUCAUUGUCUUUCUUGAUAAAAGAUGAUGCAACAGAGCAUGCAUCAGAGGAGAUUUCUCCCAGAAGUGUUUGCUCUGCUAGGAUAUGUCUUUCAAGUUCUCUGAAAAGUGUUGUCUGAUGGCUUAAUCACAUGCAGCUGUAUGUAAAGAUGCCCCAUUCAAGACAGUGUCCAAGUGAGUAAGAAAUGUGAUUCUUGAUGUCUACCUACCAUUUCUUUCACCAUCUUCUUACAUCAGUGAAACACCACUUUACAACAUUGUUCAGUUGGAAAUUGUCAAGCUUGGAACUCUAGAAUAUGCUGGAAAAUCAUGUAUGCUUAUCGUUUUAUAAACUGUUACACUUGAAGUGACUGAGAAUAAAUAUUAAGUGUUUUAUUAACUUAAAGUGGAUCCAUUAUUCAACAUCCCAUAAUAUGAAUACAAUAGAAACUAGUAAAUUUUUACAUUAGUUUAGGAAGGAGAAUGUGCAGUUAAUGAAUCAUACAUAUUGCUUGGUUUUUGUGAACAGAUCUUUACCAAGUGUUUUACAGGGAUAUUCUUUCUGGAAGUUUGUAUAAUACAUAUUGCUUUAAUUCUUCAGUUAUUUAUUGUUUUUUAAGAGUAGAUAGUUUGCAGGAAAAGUUUCAUGACCAGAUCAGUAAAACACUAUUUUCUAUCAGCUUAACAUUCUCUCUCCUGGUGUGGGGUCUCUGGUACAGUAUCUGCAUCUGUUCACUUUCUGUUCAACCUUUCUGUGAAUAGCCUGAUUCUUCGCCAUUUUCUUCUUACCUCCCUUCAUACAGGGAAAGAUAUAAUGAAAUCUACCAGUAACCAGUCUUGUAAAAGCUGUAAUCUUUCAUGAGUUGCAAAGAAAAAAUCAUGUAUACUAUUCUGCAAUUAUUUUACUGUACCAUAAUGCAGCACCAUUACAUAGUCAGAUUUUAAUAUUUAUAUCUAGUUUUAAGUGGUUAUGUAAUGCAUGAUGUACACAGAGAUGUUGGGUGUAGUUGUCUUUGUAUUAUACUGGCCUUUAUUUUGUCUUACGAGUUUUCCAAUUAGAUAUUGUAUUGCCAUGUUCAUUUUGUUUUCAGUUUUCCUACUAGAAAUUGUAUUGCCAUGUAUGCAUACAUAAUGAUUUCCUUUUUUUCAUAGGGAUAUAUAUUAGAUAAAGGUUCCAGGAGUGAUGGAGGAACUUUUAUCUUUGAAGGUAACAGUUCUUUGUGCAAUUGUCAGAAGUGCAUGUGGCCAGCAUGGAGUAUACUCAUGUGAUGUAGUUUUAGAAAUUAUUAAGAUUGGUAAUGUUGCAGUUUCAUCUCACUUACAGUGUACUGUAUUUCAUGAAAUACUUUUCCCUCCUUGGUUAUUAAUGCAGUUGUGAGUUGUAACUGGGAAUGAUGUCUUUUGAAAUGCCUGUCCCCACCACUCUUCCACUGAUAAAGGAGAAUCUAUAUUAGAAGCUCAAGGAAACAGAAUUUCCAUUAUAAGAAAGAGUGAAUGUGGCAAUAAAUAUCUUUAUUUUCUUCCUCCACUUUGGCAGAGACCCUGGCAUUAUCAAGGAUCUGGAACAAAAACAAAGUAAAAGAGUUGAAUGAUAUUCCUACUUCAUGGUUCUUAAUGUUAAUUUAAGUGCCACAUGGGAAAGGUUUUAACAUUAUUGGAAUUCACAUUUAGAGAAUAUGAAAGAAAAUUAAAGCGAGAGAUGGUGAGAUGAAACUGCAAUAACACCAUUAGAGCUGCCAGUUCUGUAUGACAAGUCUUAUUGAGUCUUCCCUGGGUAAUAAUGAUGCAUGUGUAAUUAUGCAGUGGGGUGUUCAUGUUUUUAGGGUUUAUUUUAGUGUGCUACAGAUGGAUACUGUUUUCAUGUAAAUCUUUGUUGCAUGUUUCCAGUAAUUGUUAUAUAGUAUUUUUGUUGUUUUCUACUUGUUUCCAUAUAUAUAUCUGUCCACAUGAGUCAUAUUUUGAUGGUGAAUAUUCAUGGUACACAGUCUAGUGCCCCAUAGGACCCUGUACGUACCUCUUUCUGUUGCAACACUAUAAGCCAGUUGUCCCUCUAUUUCCAGUAAUACUUGUUGCAUCCAUAGAAAUGGAUUACACUGUUGAAUCUUGCAAAAAUCAAUAUAAAUUUUCAACAAAA